AACUUUAUUUCCCAUGCACCUUUGCGUCACCGUAGUCGGUCGACAAGGCUCCGGUACUGCUGUUUGGUUCGAAAGUGAAACAGGAAGCAAGCUUCGGGUCGUCGAUGGCCAUUAGUCAAUUUUCCUUGUAGCAGCUUGGGUCAGCUUCGAUGGAUACUUUUCCCUUUACGAUAGGAGAAGCAAUCUGUUUGGGGUCAAGCCUGGCCUUUUCUGGCCUCUUUUAUUACCUGCACAGGAAGAAAGCCAAGGUGGUGUCCAAAAUCCAGGGGGCUCCGAAGCUCCAGGUGAGUUCAGAUCUUCCCAGCCUUUUGUCUGCCGCAGGUGGUAACUGCCUCCCCUACGUCGUCCUUGAAGGGGUGGUCCAACCGGUGGAAGCAGCUCUCACCAGCCCAUACCACAAGGAGCUGCAGGGAGUGAUUGAGAGGCUGAUCCUGAAGGAGCAUCGAUUGAUCUGGAACAGCCUAGCCCGAAGCUGGACCGACAGUGAGCGGGUGGUGCUGGAACAGCUGCACACCGUCCCUUUUGUCCUCACUUCCCCCACAGACCAAGCGGCCGGAGGGGUGAGUGUGGAACUGCCCCUCCAGGCGGUUGACCUGCCCCUGGAGACCGUCUACGAACGCUUCCAGCAGACCUCCCAUGGCUUCAAAGACCUCCUCAGCCACUACCUGAGUGGGGAGAAGCCCAAGGGCUUCCUGGAGACGGAAGAGAUGCUCCUGGUGGGCAGCAGCCUGACCGGCAUUGGUGAGCUGACCCAGCGCCUGGAUGGGACCCUCUGCCUGCAGCCUCCUUCGAAUGGCGCGGGCUAUUUCCUCUGCCUGGAGGAUUGGCAGACCCUGCUGUCUGGUCUGCAGUCGGCCAGCAGCUUCUGGAAAUGGACAGGCUUGCUGUGCAGCCUGGUGGCCGCGGUGGUGGUCCUGCGGGCCCUUCGCCGAGCGCACCGGAACCGCCGGCUGAAUCGGGAGCGGGAGGCGCAGCAGCGGGAAUUUGAAGACUACCUGCAGAAUCACAACCCGGACGAAGACCUGCCCGCCAACGCCUGCGUGGUUUGCUUGAACAAUCCACGCCAGUGUGUGGUGCUGCCCUGUGGCCACAUCUGCUUGUGCUUCCAGUGUUUCCAGGCCUUGCCCAACCCUUCCUGCCCCAUCUGCCGGGGCCUCAUAGACCGUGUGGUCCCCCUCUAUCAGGCCUAGGGAAGUGGCCUCCAACGCAGUCAGCUGCCCCUCGCUGGUUGUACUAGAGCAGUGUCUCAGUGGUGGCCACUUUUAAGAGGAGUGGACUGCAACUCCCAGAAUUCCCCAGCCAGCCAUGCUCGCUGGGGAAUUCUGGGAGUUGACGUUGACCCGCCUUAAAAGUGGCCACGGUUGAGGCCCACUGUUAGAAACAAGCAUCCCAGUUGUGGGUUGAAGGACAUCCGAUCUACCCUGAGGCUUGUGGGUCUCCCUGGGCACAGCCCCCAAGUUCUUACUCUUGGGAAGCAUGUCCAAAGUUGAUGUCUCAGCAAAGGCGGCCUUGAUCACCCUUCCAGCUUCGCUGUGCUGGAAGAGAUAUUAAAGCAGGGGUCUUCAAACUUGGCCCUUUUCUGACUUGUGGACUUCAACUCCCAGAAUUCCUCAGCCAGGCACACGCGUGCCUGGCUGAGGAAUUCUGAGAGUUGAAGUCCACAAGUCAUAAAAGGGCCAAGUUUGAAGACCCCUGUAUUAAAGAGUCCUUCUGAUUGCUCUCCUAUGGUGCUGAGACCCCAAUCCCAGAAUUUGGGAGGAAUUCUGGAACUUGUAAUCCAAACACAUUUGGAAAGCAUGGUUUUGGGAAAGGCUGAAUUCAUCUAUUGCACGGGGAAUUACCAAGUCCCUAAGCCUGCCUUGCUGGAUUGCAAACUUAAAGCAAUAAUCGCUAUACAAAUAGAGCAUCUUAUCUAAACGGUAGUCGCUGGGUUUUUUAAUUUUUAUUAGAACUCAGUUGUUUACAAACCACACUGGGCAGCCUUUGCUUCAGGAUUUGAACUCUUGAAUGCCAGGGUAGAGGGAUACAGGACAUUAAAUAACCAAGCCAAUUUUGGGUUUCCAUUGACAACGUUGGCCGCCUUGACCGUAUCUUUUUAGACAUUGUCGGCUUCUGGAACCUUCCAAAUCACCUGCUUCUGGGUGGCGCUGAAGCUAGAGGUUCUAGCUAUGAGUUUAGACUUCAAAUCGGCACGAAGCUGGCUGUGUUGGAUUACCUACCUUAAUUUAGAAUACUGUUUCUCAACCUCAGCGACUGUAAGGGGAAUUCUGGGAGUUGACGUCCACAGAUCGUAAAAGCUGCCAUUUUAAAUCCACACAUCUGAAACACUGUGAAGUCCACACAUCUUAAACUGAGUAGGGACUAGAGAUUUCACUGGCAUACAAAUAGGCCCAGGAGCCAAGAUGGGGAUUCACAAUAAAUCAAACGCCUUGGUGCGUGGACAUUUUUUAGCCGAUACCAGCAAAUAACUGUCCGGAGGACUAAGCCCUCAACUUUGCCGAGAACGGUUCCUUUCACGUCGGACCUUUACCGAAUGGCAGAUGGUGUCUAAUCAUACAAGAUUGUGAUUGAUGUUAAUGGCUGGUUCUGCGCUCAUUUUGGAACGGCUGAGAUCUCGCCUCUUGGCAUAUGGGUUUCGGAGGUAGAAGGCCGAUCCCAGAGGGGGUGACCACCAAGAAAGCGAUCUAGCGUGUUCGGCUGAUGGCUUCCUUGACAAGCAAGCUGCUGGCCAACCCUAAUUUCGUUAUCGUCAAGUUUGGGAUGAGCUGCGGACGCCGUCAUUCGUGGUUUGCCCAGUCAAGUGACUCUAUGCACUGCCUUUGUACGCCGAACCGAGCGUUGGAUGGUGUUUAGCAGUUCUGCACACCAGGAAUGUGAAAUCAGGAAUUAUUGAUAAAUUGGCAAAUCCAU